CACUGAGAGUGGAAGUGACUGAGCAGUGCUUUGGACACAGAUCCCACAGCCUGUAGGAUUCUUGGAAGUGCUCCUGCCUGAGAGAAAUUCCACUUAGAAGAAAGAAGGAAAUCGGAGACCAGGUGCCUUGCAGGAGCUGAAGGUCUUUUCAGUGAAAGGACAGUACAGUGAGACUAAAUAUGGUGGUGUCCUUUGAACUUUUCAGCAAAGUGUGUACCUCCUGGCAGAGGGUCCUGCUCACAGCCUCCAUCUUAACCUACUGGCUCCUGCCCACCACUGCCAGAGUCAUCAUCCAUUCUUUACCACUCCAAGUGGUUGAAGGAGAAAAUGUUCUUCUACAUGUUUACAAUCUGCCAGAGAAUCUUCUAGGCCUUGCCUGGUACAGAGGGUUGCUAAAUUUGAAACUUGGAAUUGCACUGUAUUCACUACAAUAUAAUGUAAGUGUGACUGGACCUGAGCACAGCGGUAGAGAGACAUUGCACAGAAAUGGGUCUCUGUGGAUCCAAAAUGUCACCCAGGAGGACACAGGAUAUUACACUCUUCGUACCAUAAGUAAAAAUGGAAAACUGGAAUCAAAUACAUCCAUGUUCCUUCAGGUGUACUCCUCUACUUUCAUCUGUGGACACCCUUUCUUCCCUGCCAAGCUCACUAUUGAAUCAGUGCCACCCAGCGUUGCUGCAGGGGGAAGCGUUCUUCUCCGUGUUCACAAUCUUCCAGAGCAUCUUCAAUCGCUAUUCUGGUACAAAGGACUGAUUGUAUUUAACAAGGUUGAGAUUGCUCGAUACAGAACAGCCAAGAAUUCAAGUGAGCCAGGUCAUGCUCACAGUGGUAGAGAGACAGUGUACAGCAAUGGAUCCCUGCUGCUUCAGGAUGUCACCUGGAAAGACACAGGAUUCUAUACCCUACGAACUCUGAAUAGAUAUCGGAAAAUGAAAUUAGCACACAUUUACCUUCAGGUGGACACCCCCCUUUCCUUGUGCUGUGAUACUCUUGACUUUGCCCAACUCAGCAUCGAUCCAGUGCCACGGUAUGCUGUCGAAGGGGGAAGUGUUCUUCUCCAGGUCCAUAAUCUGCCAGAAGAUCUGCAAACCUUUUCCUGGUACAAAGGUGUGCAUAACACUCAUGGCUUUAAAAUUGCAGAAUAUAGCAUAGCGACGAAGUCCAUCAUCAGCGGCCGUGCACACAGCAGAAGAGAGAUAGGGUACACCGAUGGAUCCCUGCUGCUCCAGGAUGUCACUGAGAAAGACUCUGGCUUGUACACACUAAUAGCAAUAGACAGCAAUGUGAGAGUUGUAAGAGCACACGUCCAAGUCAACGUCCACAAGCUUGUGACACAGCCUGUUGUGAGAGUCACGGACACUACAGUUCGAGUACAGAGCUCAGUUGUCUUCACUUGCUUCUCAGACAACACCAGGAUCUCCAUCCGUUGGCUCUUCAACAAUCAGAAUCUGCAGCUCACAGAGAGGAUGACCCUGUCCCCAUCAAAGUGCCAACUCAGGAUACAUACUGUGAGGAAGGAGGAUGCUGGAGAGUAUCAAUGUGAGGCCUUCAACCCAGUCAGCUCAAAGACCAGUCUCCCAGUCAGCCUGGCCGUGAUGAAUGAGUGACCCCUCCUCUCAUGCUAUAGCAGGGUGGGGCAUUUCUGUAUUGAGAUACCCACAACUCCCCACCACUGCCUGUUACAGAUUUCCAUUCAUUCUCAUGGUUAGCUGAUCAUCUCUCCCAUCCCUCCCUACACCUGAUCCUGAAUCCCUCCGUUUUCUCCCACAUCACCUCUCCUACCCAAUUCCCUCCCUCCAUCUGCCUCCUACAACUAUUUUUCCCCCUAUUAUGUGAGAUUCAAGCAUACUCCCUUGGCCUUCCAACUUGUUUAUCUUGUUUGGGUCUGUGUAGUGUAGUGUAGUGUAGUGUAGUGUAGUGUAGUGUAGUGUAGUGUAGUGUUUGUAUCUCGUAUUUUAUGGCUAAUAUCCACUUAUAAGUGAGUACAUACCAUUCAUGCCAUUUUGGGACUGUGUUACCUCUCUCAGGAUAUUAUUCUCAAGUUCUAUUCAUUUGCCUUUAAAUUAAUGAUGUCUUUGUAUUUAAUAGUUGCAUAGUACUCCAUGGAGCAUAUGGCACCACAUUGUCUGUGUACAUUCUUUCAAACUCCUGGUACCCUCCACACACUGCUCUGCUUACUAUUGUUGCACAGUGCUGCCUAAAGGGAAAAUGUUCCAUUUGUUCUUAAUGGAAAUAGAGUUCCAAGAAUUGCUGAACCAAAGAGAGUAACUGAGAUUGACAGUUGUGUUAGUUAGCAUUUUACUACUGUGCACAGAUACCAUGAACAAUGCAAGUCUUGGACAACAUUCAAUUGUGGCUGGCUCACAGGUCAGAGAUUACAUCCAUUAUCACCCAGAGCAUGGCAGCAUCCAGGAAGGCAUGGUGCAGCACAGCUGAGAGUUCUACAUCUUUAUUUGAAGGCUGCUAGCUGUAUACUCACUUCCAGGCAGCUAAGGCUGGGGUAUUAAAGUCCACACCCACAGUGACCACCUACUUCAACAAAUCCACACCUUGGGACAAGCAUAUAUAAACCAUCACAUUCCACUCCCUGGCCCUAAUAGGCUUGUCUAAAUAUAUGAAUGUAUGGGGACAAUCCCUAAACAUAGCAUAAUAAAAGUAUAAUUAUUCCAACUUCCCAAGUCCCCAUAAUCUAUAGUAAUCUGAACAAAUGUUAAAAGUCCAAAUUUCAAAGUUUCUUCUGAGAUUCAUGUCUUGGCAACUAGGGCUAGUUUAUUCAAUUCCACACUCACAGUGACACACCUACUCCAAGAAGGCCAGAUCUACAAUAUUGCUAUUUCCUGGCCUAAGCUUAUUAACCAUCCCAACAGCCAUAGACUCACACAGUUUGUCAUAGACACCAAUAAACACCUCCUGGGUCUGUACACAGUGUCUGAGACACACUGCAUACCAAUGGAUUGCUGCUCUUACAGAACACCAUCUAGAUGGAUGUACGAUAUUUUGAGCCUCUUAAUAUGAAAUGCUGAGGUUGAACUUGAACAAACAUGCUUAUCCCCUCAUAAACAGUCAA